AUGCGCAACAACAGAUGGAUAAUCCUGGUUGGGGUAAUACAUUCUCCGAUCGUCUACGUCGUCAUGGGUUCCUCGAUGCCAGUCGAACGGCAGGAGCGUGCAGCAUUGGCAUUUCCCGUUGGUGGAUCCAUGGGAUAUCUCCUUGCCAUUGCCAUUCCGUUGCUCGUGCCUGACCGAAACAUCUACCUUUCCCACAACUUCGAGGCAAACUACGGUGUUCCGACGAACGCCACACAAUACUCCCUCUGGUACCAGCGCUUCAAGGAUAACAGCUUCAACCUAACCAAAGCGAUCGAGACGAACAGACGCCAUCGUAGGCAGGCAGGAUUUAGCAGGACUUAUUUCUACGGCCAGCUGGAGGAGCGGAUGGAGCUGUACGGAUUGAAUUCGUCUGGGUGCAUGCAGCGUAUCAUCUGCGAAUUGACCGAACUCCCCCUCCCCGAGCAUAAUGGUGUGGUUGGGGAUGUGAUAAGUGUGAUCUUCAGUCCAUCGUCAUCCAUGGACGAGGAUCUGCCGGUGGAGUAUUUCAAAGCGGAAGCGAGCGGUGCAAACGAUGGAUGCGAACGGUAUCGGAUGUUUUGUAGCACCAAUCUGCUCCGCCUGAUAUCCACCUCGCAUCUGGAACCGUUCCUCGAAAAGAUGUUAGCCUGUCGGAGUUGCUUUAUCGUGCUAGGAGUAUGCGUGCUCACAAUGGCCGUAGGCCAAACGAAUCCAGCCAACGACGUCGUCAAAAGUCGUCAAAAACGUAUCGCAUUCCCGCUUAAUGCAGCGAUGGGGAUUAUUUUCGCCAUUGCCGUACCGCUCGGCAUACCGGAUAGGAACAUUUUCAUGUCGUACAACUUUGAAGGCAACUAUAACAAUCCCGCGGAUGCUAACAUUUUCUCCGAGGGCUUUGCAAACUACAUCAAAGGUAUUGUGGAACCGCUGACGGCACCAUCGCGCCCCGUGGAGUCCUACGGCAUCAGGAAGCGAAGUGCGGAUAAACGAGAUGAUCUAAUACCGGUAACUGCACAGAUAACACGUCGUCAGAUUUACAAAAUGUUACGAAAGCAGCUAAAGGGCCAACAUUUUCACGGGAAAAAGUGCCUACUGCGAAUGAUCUGUGACGCAGCGCUGCAUCCCUUCCGGGAAACGAAUGGAGUGAUCGGUGAUCUAGUGCAGAUCAUGCUAAGUCCUUCCUCAUCAAUGGAUGAAAAUCUACCCAAAGAGUACCUUCUGGCGGAGGUGGCGGGAAGUAAUGGUUCAUGUGAUCAGUACCGAACGGAUUGCCCAAAAGACCCACUUGAGUUCGUAAGUUUUUUGUCGGAAUAA